CGCCACAUAAAUCCCAAGCAAAGAAGAGCCGUCAUGGCUUUUUUUUCCUCCCUUACUUUCGCGAAGGGCAAGAACAUUUGCUAAUGUACCGCUUCGUGGCGCUUUCAAUCUUUUGUCAUGUAAACGAUAGAUUAUAAAACCCUAGUCGACUCGAUAAUUAUUUCAGUUCAACGUUAUAAAUGUUCAGAGACGGCUGAUCGAGGACGAGAGAAAUCAUUUUAGGACGACGCCUGCGCAGUCUGAAGAGAAGAUCGAGGCGCCGAUUUUUUUACCUACCCGCCAACUGGCACCGCAGAGCCGGGCGGACAUUGACUCCCAAUCGACCCCCGACUUCGUUUUCGUCGCUUUUUCAAAGACCCCCGCGGCAACAUGGACACGUUACAGCACACCGAGAAUGAUUCUCCACUCCUGCUGCCGUCCCUGCGCCUCUUCAUCCCGCCUCUACGCCUGGUGUCGGCCGCUAUGUGGCAGGUGGUGCAGCGUGGCGACGUUUGGGACUACGGCACGGUGGAGGAGUUUGUCACCACUGUCUCUGACAUUUUACCCGAGCUCUUAAAUGCGGACCAGAAGGCACAGUUGCUGCUGGGGCUGCGGGCACGGGUGGUUCUGGAAUUGUGUCGAUCCAAGUUAGACCCAGAGAUGGAAACCAUUGAGAUGCACUUGAGCCGAAUCAAAAGCCUCAUAUCAACAUGGGCAGGGCAGCCCUGCUUUGCCGAGGUCCAAUUUCCAGAAUCCAACUUUGUGGAUCAAAUCGAGCUGCUCCUGAAAGACCCCGAAGAGAAGGACAAGUUCUUUCGGGAUGUGUUUCCCUCCGCCUUUGGACCUGAAUAUGACAGCGCUCUGCAAGUGCUCAUGCUGGACUUCCUCUCCAGGCUGGAGAAGCUUCUCCCAGUGCCGGACAUUCAGCAGACGGCCGCCUUGUUGAGCGCUGCCCCGCAGGCCCUGGAUGAGUGCGUCCACUCGGUUCUCGAGCUACCGCACUUGAAGGCGGCCCUCUUGCACCACACUGCGCUCGGUCAUUUUGAUUUAACCGAUGACACUCAGAGCAUCCUGUCAUCCUUCGGGAACUGCAUCCUGUCCUCGCUGGCCCUCCCGCAGCUGGAGAAGGUUGUCAUCAACGGCGAGCACAUCCAGCUGCAGCCGCCCGCCGAUCAGAUGGCGGGAUGCGUCACCGUGCAAGUGGAAGGCGAGACGGUCACACUCUUGGACUACAUACAGAUUGAACAGACACCUGGCUUGAUGGAUCCCGCCCCUCAAGAGGAGGACGAGGAAGAAGACGAUGAGGGCGAGGAAGCGGAAGGCGAGGCUUCGUUGAAACCGGCUGCCUUCCAGCCGCUCAAGCAAAGCAAGCGUCUGCAGCUGAAGAGGCAAGCGGUCGAGGCGGGGAAGGACGACGACGCCUCCGAGUCGCCCAAGCGUCAGAGGAAGAGGCACCCCACCAACAAGACUUGCCCGGUGUGUGGCAAGAGUUUUCUGCGCGCCGCCGCCAUGAGGCGGCACCAGGAGACGCACUCGGAGAACCGCGAGCUCAAGUACAAGUGCGGCCGCUGCAACAAGCGCUUCCGCGACCAGUACGACAUGAAGCGGCACAACAUGCGCGUCCACGAGCGGGACGAUGACAACGCGGACGAGGAGGAGGAGGCGGCGGCGGAGCCCGAAUCGCCGGAGAUGUCGGACAACAAAAACUGCGCCCUCUGCGGGAAGUACAUCGCGCGCAAGGUGGACAUGGAGCGCCACAUGACGUCGCACUCGGAAGACCGGCCGCACAAGUGCUCCUUCUGCGAGAAGCGGUUCAAGACCCGAUACGUCCUCAAGCGACACCAGAAGGAGUUCUGCAAGAGCCAAGAGCUCAAGAGGCCUCUGGCCCAAAGGCGCCAAGAGCAGAGCCUCGACGCGCAGCCGGCCGCCGCGCCCGCGGAGGGCAAAGUCUGCCCCAUGUGCAGCCGCACUCUGCCGUGCAGCGCCGACAUGGACAAGCACCUGCGCUCGCACACGGAGGAGCGUCCCUUCAUCUGCGUCAGCUGCGACAAGGGCUUCAAGUACCGCGACACGCUCAAGAAGCACCAGAUCAUCCACGGCCACGAGGGCGUGCGCGAGGAGGCCAGCAAGAGCGUGGAGGAGAUCCUGGCCGAAGCCGAAAAGAACCCGGAGGACGCCGUCGGGGCCUCCGGGGGCGAGGCCUCCGGGGCGCCGGCACAGCCGGCCGCCCGCCGGGGGCCGCGCGGCAGAGCCCUCAAAACGUGCCCGGUGUGCGCCAGCUCCUUCGACAACGUCAAGACGCUGAACCGCCACAUCCAGAGCCACACGGAGGAGCGGCCCUUCCACUGCGUGCACUGCAAGAAGCGCUUCAAGCACCUGCACGGCCUCAAGCGCCACCAGAUCUACGCCAUCUGCCACAAGAAGACGGCCCGCUGCUCCUGGAAGAAGGAGGCCAAGGCCGGGCCCAGCCACGGCGACGGCCAGCCGCUCCAGAUCCCCAUGUGGUGCUCCAACUGCGGCAAGCACUUUGACUUGCUGUCGGCCCUCAAGGAGCACCAGGAGAACGUGUGCAAGGUGGACCUGCGCGACGUCAUGACGUGCGGCGCCUGCGGCAAGGAGUUCAAGAGCCUCACCAUGCUCAAGGUGCACCAGAGGAUCCACGACCCGCUCUACUGCAAGGAGUGCGGCAAGAUCCUGGGCAGCGAGGCGGCCUUCGAGCGGCACCAGCUGAUGCACCGGCCCAUGGCGUGCACCAUGUGCGACAAGAGCUUCACGCUGCUGCGCCGCUUGCGCGAGCACUACGAGAAGCAGCACGCCUUCGUGGGGCCGUACCCGUGCCCGCAGUGCGACAAGAGCUUCUCGCAGCUCUCCUACCUGGCCGUCCACCUGCGCAUCCACAAGGGCGAGUUCCCCUUCGCCUGCGACUCGUGCCCGGCGCGCUUCCGCUCGUCCAACUGCCUGACGGUGCACCAGCGCAAGCACACGGGCGAGCGGCCCUUCCUGUGCUGGCAGUGCGGCAAGUGCUACCGCUCGGCCUCCGAGCUCACCGUGCACAUGGGCACGCACUCGGAGGAGCGGCCGUGGGCCUGCGCCCAGUGCCCGGCCGCCUACCGCACCAAGCAGCAGCUCGGCAACCACGUGGAGCAGGUGCACAUCGGCGUGCGCUACCCGUGCGCCAGCUGCGGCAAGCAGUUCAUGAAGGAGACGUCGCUCAAGCGCCACGAGCUCAUCCACACGGGCGAGCGGCCGUACCAGUGCACCGUGUGCGGCAAGACCUUCCUCACCGCCAACGAGCUGCGGCUGCACACGCGCUACCACACGGGCGAGCGGCCGUACAAGUGCGACGUGUGCGGCAAGGCCUUCAUCCAGUCGGGCUACCUCAAGUCGCACGUGCGCAUCCACACGGGCGAGAAGCCCUUCAAGUGCGACGUGUGCCACAAGGCCUUCCGCAUGUCCUACCACAUGAAGAAGCACCGCCGCACGCACGCCGCCAAGGUGGCCAACAAGGUCAAGACCUACGCUUGCGAUCGCUGCGACCUGUCUUUCCUGCACAAGAAGGCGCUGUGGGAGCAUUCCGCCGCGCACUCUGUCAAAUUGGAGCAAACCUUCACGCAAGUCACUAUUGAGUUCCAGUAACCAAAGAUGGACGGACCAGCUGUCGCCAUGCCCCCCCACCCCACUCCUUAUAAAUCGCACAUGCCUUCAGUUCUUCACUAUUUCAAGCUGUAAUAUUUUCAAUAAACCCAACCCAAUGUGGAAUUUAU